UAUUGCAGAAAACAACAAAUAUUUCUCUGUUGUCGGAGACCAAUUUGUGUAUGGGAUUGAUAUUUAGAUUUUGGAGGUCUGUUCUGUCCAAAUAUUUUGACUGCCACCAUUACCUGGUAGGUUCAGUGGUGUAGAAGAUGAACUGAUUAUCAUUCAGCAUGCUGUGAUCAUACACCAUGUUGCGACACAGUGUCAAAAAGAGUGCUAGAGAGAAGUUUAUAUUUGACCCUACACAGCGAUGGCUGUCAGACAUUCGAUGGUCAACGGAGACAGAAUGUAUGAGCGUUUUGCAGGGGAAGUCUCUCCUCACAGAGAUGGACAAGUAUAGCCUUCAUGCUGCUGUAGUGAAAAAUGGGAUUGACACGAUAAGAGAUGACUCUCACCACAUCAGCAAUGAGUUUACAAAACUCUUUAAGUAUGUUGAAGCUGAGAAGUGGUCAGCUGUGCGGUCACUGGUGAUACAGCUGACUUGUCAUAUCCGGUCACUUAUCCAAGAAUGUAACCUUUGCCUGCCGGAGCCACCUUCGUAUAUACUGGAGCAUCAAGAAACAGUGAUGGGUGAAUGUGCCAAGCUAGCCCAGCAGGUAGAUAGAAAGAGCAUUUCUUCAAAAGAAGACCGUACACCACCUAAGAUCCCUGUCACUAACCAGCUGACAUUCCUGGGUCAAGCUUUCAGUCGCCUAGUAGACCUGGCUCUUGGACAUCUACUACAGAAGGUGGUAGAGACUCUGGAUGAGGCCAACAAUCUUUCGACCCUGUCAAGUGCCCUGGGGACAGUGGUCAGUCUCGGACUUGAGGGAGAACACAUGUGCUAUAUAUUUGCUAGGGAGGGAGGUGUAAGGGCAUUACUGGACAUCUGUCGGACAGAGUCCUUGAGCUUCGUACAUCCACAGACUCUAAGGGCCCUGGCUACCAUCUGCUGUGUUGCUGAGGGAAUAUUUGAAAUAGAAAAGGAAGGAGGCGUAGAAUGUCUGAUGGACAUCUUAUGUGACUAUGCUAACAGUGAAAAAGUGCGAGGAGAAGUAGCAGGAGUAUUGGCACAAGUUACCUCCCCUUGUCUUGAAAACUUUCAGCAAUUAUCAGGCUUGGUGGAAAAUUUAGAUGAAAUAUUGCGGGCAUUGAUAGGUUUAUGUGCCAACACUCUGUCCCAUGAAGUGUUCCUGUUAUCAUCAGCAGCUAUUGCUAAUAUCACGUUUAUGGACAGCAUGGCUUGUGAUAUUCUGCUUAAGUAUGAUGCACCUCGUGUUCUUAUCCAGUCCUGUGGUACAAGUGUAGCACAAUCUCUCUUCGCCAAGGACCAGGUGGCUACAGUCCUUGCCAAUAUGGUAGCUGUUGACAACUGUAGACAGUGUAUUAUAAAUAGUGGUGGCCUUGACCUUUGUCUGCAGCUGCUACAGGAACGACCUUUGACCUAUAAGUCAGCAGCUGAGACUGCAGCCUGUGAAAGGGUUCAACAGAAGUCUGCCAUUGCCCUGGCUAGACUCUGUAGAGAGGAGGAGAUCGCACAAAUCAUUGUAGAAAUGGAAGGUAUACCCCGCCUGGUGGAGCUUUGUAGGAACAAAGGGGAAAGAAACAACAGUGAUGCAGUAUUAGUGGCCUGUCUGGCUGCCCUGAGGAAAGUGAGUGCUUUAUACAAAACGGAAAAUAUCAUAGAUAUUGAUUUCAAACAGCUGAUUCAGCCACGACUCAUGGAUUCGUUUCUCAUUUGUACAAACACUGAUGAGAACUUUGUAUGACAGAUAUCUAGAAAUGGAGUGACAAACUAACUCUUAUUUACAACGAUAUUCCCUGCAGCAUUCAAAAGGCUGGAAUUAAUCUGUGUGUGAAUAUGUUAUUCACAGGACAAGCUGAAUCAGUUCUAAAUGAAAAAUGGUGCAUGUAAUUACAUUUCAAUAAAUAUUAUGGAAAGCAGGCCGAUUCAGAGCAAGAUUUGAAAUAUAUUGAAUCUGAAGUUUCCUAAAUGAUUAAAACAUGAUGGUGGUGGUGAUGAGACACACUGUUCAAUGCUAGAUAUAUGAUAUAUACAGCAGUAGAUUUACAUACAAAUGAUUGAGAGUUUCAGAAAUUAAUAGAUUUGAAAAAAAAAAUCAUCACCAGAUAGUUAAGUGACAGGUUGAUUGAUCAUUUUCUCUCCUUUACAUGUGUUAAAACCUCAAGGUAAUGUUCCUUUUUGUAUUUGCCACCUAGACCUCUUCUUUGCAUUAUCAUUAAUGUGAAGCCAACUCUCUUUCACAACAUUUUGCUAGAUAGAUGAUGACAACAUAACAAGGUAGUAUUGAGUACAGGUCUUUAAACUGAUUUAGUAGCCAGAGGAAGGGAAAUGAUGAGGAGAUAAAUUUAGAUGAUAUUACAGCUUCUUUAGACUGAGCUGCUUAAAACUGUUAAAGAAAGACUGGAUUUUUUGGGGUAAAAGGUAAAUUGAGUUUGAUAAGAAAUUUUCGGUUUUUAUAGUUCACACCAUGGCUAUAACAUCCAAAUAAAUUUUUUUUCUAAUUAACUGCAUCGCUAAUGUAUCUAAUUAUAACUGCAUUUGUUAUACAUGUAUCUAUUGUAAAACUGAGUUAUCAAAAGCACUAUAUAGCUGAAGUAUGUUUUUAUGUCAAUUUAUAAUUUUUACAAUGAAAUAUUUUUUUAUUUGAUCAUCAUCUUAGUAUCCCUGUUAUUCAUUGUUUGUCAUGUUGAAGUCUCUUCUUCCUUGUACAGAUUACAAAUCAGAUCUACACAAUUUUACACCAUAUUUCACACAAUGUGACAAACGUUUCCUUAUGUAUGUUCUGUAGCUUUGAUUUGUUUCAUAUCUUCAAAUUAACUUGAUUGUCAAUAGAAUGUGUUAAGGCCUUUUAAAUAGGUCUAUUCCAGACUGGAUAUGAUUUAGACAUUAUCAAAAUAUGUCCUUACCAAGCUGGGUAUGAUUUAGACAUUAACAUAUGUUUCCCCUGGCUGGAUAUGAUUUAGACAUUAACAUAUGUUUCCCCUGGCUGGAUAUGAUUUAGACAUUAUCAAAAUAUGUCCGUACCAAGCUGGGUAUGAUUUAGACAUUAACAUAUAUCUUACCUGGCUGGAUAUGAUUUAGACAUUAGCAUAUGUCUUACCUGGCUGGAUAUGAUUUAGACAUUAACAUAUAUCUUACCCGGCUGGAUAUGAUUUAGACAUUAACAUAUGUUUCCCCUGGCUGGAUAUGAUUUAGACAUUAACAUAUAUCUUACCUGGCUGGAUAUGAUUUAGACAUUAACAUAUUUUUCACCUGGCUGGAUAUGAUUUAGACAUUAGCAGAAUAUGCCUGAACCUGUCGAUGUUUUGAAAUAAGAAACAUUAGUUUCAAUUGGAAUUGUAACUCAAAUACCCUGUCAAACAUUAGUGAUAAUAUGUAAGUCAUUUACAAAAUAUAGCAUUCUUUUUUGGAAAAGAAAAAAUUAGAUAGAAUAUAU